ACCUUCAAUAACACAUCUCUCCUCUCUUCCAUAUCAUCUCUCUCAAAAUGCCUUUAUUUUUUCCCCUCUCACUCUUCCUCCUCCUCUUCACUUCCACCCUCCCCCUGCCGUCCACGGCCGCUCCCACCGGCCAGACGUCCUUUGUCUAUGGCGGCUGUUCUCAAUCCAAAUACACUCCGGGUUCAACCAUCGAGUCGAAUCUCAACUCCCUUCUCACCUCUCUUCUCAACUCGGCCUCUUUCACACUCUACACAAACUUCACCGUCGCAGGUGCUAGCGACGGUGACACCGUGUACGGUCUCUACCAAUGCCGUGGGAACCUGGAGAACAUAGCAUGUGCGAAAUGCGUGACGCACGCCGUGGCUCAAUUGGGGUCGUUGUGCCUAGACGCGUGCGGUGGAGCGUUGCAGUUGGAGGGGUGUUUUGUGAAGUAUGACAAUGUGAGCUUUUUGGGUGUGGAGGACAAGACGGUGGUGGUGAAGAAGUGUGGGGCUGUGAUGGGGUAUGAUUCCGGUGGGUUGGCUAGAAGGGACGCUGUGUUGGCGUAUUUGGCCUCGGCGGACGGUGCGGGAGGGUAUCGCCCGUUUAGAGUGGGUAGUUCUGGGGAUGUUCAAGGGGUGGCACAAUGCGUUGGGGAUUUGGAUGGUAUGGAGUGUCAAGAUUGUGUUGCCGCGGCGGUUGGGCGACUUAGGACGGACUGUGCAUCGGCCGGGUGGGGCGAUGUGUUCUUGGGGAAAUGCUAUGCUCGGUUCUCCCAUGGUAGUGUUCGACCUCAUGACGGCGGUGGCGGCGGAGGAAAUGACGGUAGAAACGACGACGUAGAGAUUGAGAAGACAUUGGCAGUAAUAAUUGGACUGAUUGCUGGAAUUGCGUUCAUAGUUGUUUUCCUCGCUUUCCUAAGCCAUUAUUGUGACAAACGAAAAGGUGGGAAAUGAUAUGAUAUGGAUGUUUGGAUGGAUGAUUGUAGGAUCCAAUUCCCUCCAACAUGUUGUUUUGAAUUUGGCUAUGGGUAAUUUGGUGGUGGGUUCUUCUCUUUAUAGUAAAUUCAAAAAAGAAUAAAGAAAAAAAAAGAAAAAAGAAAAUCCUUUUUAGCUUCUCAUAUUGUUAUCCUGUCACUAAAAGAAAACCACAAAGGUUGAGAGUAUAUAUAAAAAGAAGUGAUGUGCAAUGGUAUAAAGAAAAAAGGUCGGUUCAUUGAAAGAAGCUACAACAACAAAGAGAAAGAAAAAAGGCUCAAAAGAUUCGACAUGUCGGACCCACUCAACUUCAAGUUUUAUCUUCAUAUCAAUUAAUUACAUCUUGCUUUUUUCCCUUUUCAAAAAUUAUUAAUUGAGAAUUAUAUAUAUAUAUAUAUAUAUAUAUAUAUAUAUGAUUGAAUGCCUUUUUUUUUUUUAAUUUUUUUUCUUUAAUGGGAGAAAAAAGAAAAAGAAAAGAUGUACUAUGGGGAUAUGUGUUCUUUGGUGCUAUGAUGAAAGUCUCUCUUGUCUCUACUUUAUGUUAGUGUUGGUAAUUAAUUAAACAUAUAUUUCAUUUCAUCCUUA